GGCACAUCCGUGGCCGGUCAACAUAACAACAUUUUUGAUGUCAACAGAGUCGUUGCCAAUAAGAAUCGGGAGACCAUGGAGUCACUUACCACGGGAGCCUUGGAAAAGGCAUUGGGACACACGCACCGGCAAGCUCGGCGGUUUGGGGAGUUGAUUUGGGAAAUUGAGAAUUUGGGGGGCUUGAGGGGUGGUGAGGGGGUGGAGCCAAAAGGGCUAUCUUGUUCUGUGACGGGGCCCUUGGAGCGGGGGAGACAUGUCUAAGUGAUGGAUACCCUAUGUGUUGCACCCGACAGAGGGGGUAUUGCUCUCACUGGGUUGUGCUGCUGCUUCUCCGACCAACGGCAACAAGCAACUUCGAAGAUGACGGGGUAUGUUCAGCAGCCGGCGGUCCGGGGGGGCUGCCAGGACAUGUGCGAGCAGUGCUUCAAAGGCAAAGUUGGAGCUGACAUCUCUACUCUUGGUUGUUAUCCAUAUCGACGCUUUGGACCAGUGCCAUCUCGGUACCUACCGGAUCAUCUCCGGUUUUGGAAAUAUCCUGCCGCAGCCACCAAGGGUGUGAAUAUCCCUCAUAUCGAGGGCAACAUUGCGAGAGAUUUUGUCCACAUAGUUACGAUGCUUUUGGGUAGGGAGGUACCAAUACUAGCGAUAUAGACACCGACCGUGGCCCGGAGCCAUGCCUGUGAGUGGUUGGGAGUGGGCACGAAGGAGUGGUCAAGGUGCUGUGAAGGGAAGGAUUUGAACACCCCUGACAAUGGACACUAACAGCCAAAUAGCAAGUUCGUUAGCUGCUUCGUGGGGGCAUGCGGGAAUUUGUGAUGUGACUCUCAGGGCGCGAGUACUCCCUUCUCACCCUAACAGGCAUAGAUAAAAUUCUAGAGCGUCCCAAGCUGAACUGUCUAACCUACCCCAAGCUCCCUCUCAUCUAUUCCUACCGGCUUUGCUUUCACCCAAAGCCUGACGCUCGUCCCCCGAAUCCUCGUUCAUACUUACAAAUGUGGUUGAUUAUCGUGCGAUCCUUACUUUUCCAAUUUAUCUCUUUGGUUGCCUUGUUCGUAUCAGUUUUGCCUUGUUGGCCAUCUCAUUGUCGUCACAUUGGUGGCCAAUUCUAUAAGUGGAGUCGGGGCGGGCAGAAUUUCAUGGAUCUGGAUACAGGAGCCGGAUAUACAAAAGUGGGUGACUAAAAGCUCGACCGAGGAUCCUCUAGUAAUCCGUGGAGCAUAGUUUCUAAUUUUC